GAAAUGAUUGUAAUUCUACCUGUGUGCAGAUUCCUGGACAUCUUCUGCUGCAGAAAAGAAAGGAUCUUUCUCCCACCGAUCGAAAUGGGUCGGGCAUGUAUGUCAUCUACUUUUAACCUCACAUGAUGCCAUGAUGAGUACAGGAAAUAACUUUUGGCAAAGCUUCAUUGGUUUUUCUUCUACACUUAGAUAUAAAGAAUCCCACUGAAAAGGAAAAUAUUAUACCUGUAACAUGGAUGUUUUUGCUUCUUCAGGUUUUGAACAAAUAACUGUGUUAGUCUGUCAGUGUGGCGGGCAUCAACUUCACAGUUUGACGGCAUAGAUUUCAGAAGAGCAAUGCUAGGGGUACGUGUACCCCAUUUGUCCCCCACUCCCUUCUCCACCAUCCAUUUUUAUCUAUUUAUUUAUUUAUUUAAUUUUUUUUAAAAUUCUUGCCCCCGUAAUGGAGGGGGUGGGGAUAAAUGGGGUACACCAAAUGGUGUACCCCUAUCAUUUUUCAUAAUCCACACAAAGAUUCCGCAAAGAAUCAGCGAAGAAUCAUUAGGAUUUAGGACUUUCCUUGCAGAUUUUCUUUCGUUCCGUGAAGAUCUACCGCAAGGGUGUAGAUUUCAAAAUCCACGCGAAGAAUCAGCGAAGAAUCAUAGGGACUUUCCUUGCAAGGGCUCUCUCUCUCUACGCGACUUUGCCUCCCACUGCGAUCUCCAAUUUCCGGCCGCCAUGGCCGGUGAUGAGUUGCCGGACACCCACCAUCACCCUCCUGGCCUCAAGACGAUCCCAUCCCACCCAAACAUCAGCCCCGUUGCUGCAGGAAACUGCCAGGACGAAGCAGCCGCCGUCGCACAGGUCGCGCACUCCAUCCCGGCCACCACACGCAGCGGCAAGCCUCCAAACCUAUCUCCGAAGGUUCCUGACGUCCUUGCGAGUUCAGCGCCACCGGAAUCGCUGCAUUUGGAGGUCGGAAACGCCAGAUCGAAGUUCCAACCCGAUCCGCCGUUCACUCUCGGGUCGCUGAAUUUUCCGGCCAUCUCCGGCAAUAAUCCGGUCGCGCACCCUCCCACUGUGUUCCUGCCGUCUCCAGGAUCUCUAAGGACCCAUCAAUUGCUCAAUUUGGUGCUGAUUGAGAAAUGAGCCCGGUUCCAUGGCCAUGGAAUACAGUGGCCACCAAGUCCAGACCCAAACUAUUCACUUCACUUAUUUCAAUUGCACCUAGUGAUGUGGCAGUACGAGGGAGCCAACCUCAACGCCACUACACAUGCUCUAAGGCGAUUAGGGGUUCAUAGAUCGCGAAGAUCGCUAGAGAGGGGAAGAAUCUGGACCGCUAAGGAGUGGACGCGUGUCAUCUGACAUGUGUAAUCAAAUUAAAGCAUUUAAGUUGACACAUGUCACAUUCUUAUAAAUCAAACUCUCAAAUUUUAUAUUAAAGGAUUUGAGAAUUG